AUGCAUGCGCCAUACCUAUAUCCAUACCCGCACUCUUACUCGCCCUCACCGUUGGCGUCAACCUCGACUGGAUCUGACAUGGGGUCAUUGACGAAGCUGCCUUUGGGCAAUCUGACUUUGGUGGACAAGCCCCCUGCAGUUCGCGUAAUCCAGCUCGUGGAAAUGCCUGCCCCGCCUCGAACAAGAGCCUUGCCACCCAGCUCGGCCUCCGUUUCGUCGACCUCUUCUGGCCUGUACACAGAGAGCGAGGAGGACCAACUUGAAGACGAAUAUUGCUCGAGUGCUCCUGAUGGCAAUGACCACGAUAUGGAGGCGGAAAUGGUCGAGGAAGAGAGUAUCAAAGUUGAUCGAAUACUUGCAUGGCGAACUACGACUACGGCGGAACCUACGGGAACGACUUUCACAGUGACUGCGCCGAGUCCUACGGUUGUGUUACCCCCCACCCAACUACGGAAACGUGCUGCAUCGAGCCGAAGCUCAGUUUCAGAAGAAUCUACUCCUGCUUCCAAACGUUCAAGGACGUCUGGAUCAUCUCCUUCUGUAAAGACCAACCUUCAGCCAGCGAUAAACCCCCCAACACCAACAUCAACACUUCUCGCCCCUCCAGUCAGUCUAUCACGACGACAUACUUCCCCACGGCACACUGUUUCUCUCUACCCUCAACCGCCAGCCCACCAACGAAGCACCUCUCUUGUCGAUACACGGUCUGACAGGCAUUGCUCUGCUUGUGACCGCCGAUUCGCAAGCGCCAGAGCUUUCAGGGUCCACGCGCUUCACCCAUCAAUGCUCAUUGAUGGCGAUGUCGAUGAAGAAACCCAGAGACUCGCCUGUGAAGCUGCUGUGUCAUAUGCACUCGAGGCUUGUGCUCGUUCACAACCAUGA